AUGCCAAUGCCUCCUGUCACGACCACCACCACCCCUCAACCCAUCACAACAACGACACCUGAAGCAACGACAACUACGGGAGAAACCACCACAACUGCCGCUGAGACUACCACGACAAGCGUAGAAACGACGACGACAACGACGGAAACCACGACGACUACUACCGAAACUACGACAACUACUACUGAGACGACCACUACGAGUGAACCUACAACAACGACUACGGAAGCAACGACAACUACAACUGAACCGACGACGACGACCAUGACAACCACCACCGAGGCAACCACGACUACAACCGAGCCAACGACGACCACCACUGAACCCACAACGACAACGACGAUGACAACUACUACUGAGACAACCACCACCGAGCCGACCACCACCACCACGACAACAACCACAACAACGACGUCCACCACGACAACUACAACUACAACAACUUCCGUCUGCACCAACUGCCCGAAUAUUUCUGUGGCAACCGGGAUUACGGUGAUGUACAACUUUGACGCCAGUGGUUGUCGCGUGGCAACUUUCAGCGGCUGCACGACUUAUCGAACCCGCGUGGGUGUAACUAAUACAGCUAUCACCAACCCUGUCACAUGUCGAGACCAAUCGGGAGCUCCUAGAUGGUUCCCCGGCGGUGUCCAAAACACUGCGCAAGUUCACAACGCUUCCGUCCCAAUAACGCACAAAUCGGCACUGGAACCGAAAUACGGGAUCGUCCCUCCUAGGGCGGGUCUCGACGUCUUGAAAGCGGCAACCAAUGGUUGUAUGAGAAUGCCGAUGCCCCCGGUUACGACGACGACGGCCGCACCAGAUACCACCACUACCGUCACGACAACAACCGGCACAGAUGCAACCACCACAACAGGCACCGAAGCAACCACCACGGCAGGGACUACCACUACUGGUGAGACUACUACGACCGGGACAACAACUGAAGCCACAACUACUACGUCUACAACCACUGAGCCCACGACGACAACAACCGAAGUGACAACCACUACAACCGAAGUGACAACCACUACAACCGAAAUGACAACCACCACUACGCCGCCACCUAUCUGCUCGAUGUGCCCUGAUAUGACAAUCACGGCCCCAGCCUCAGCAACAUACAGCUUCGACGCAAAUGGCUGCAGAGUUGCGACACUCUCUGGAUGCGCGACAUACAGAACCCAGGUUGGUAUCACAAGAACACCACUUUCCAGCCCGGUGACCUGUAAGGAAACAGCCUCUGCUCCGAGAUGGUACACCGCAUCGAUCCAAAACUCCGCAACUGUGCAGUGCGCUAGU